AUGGGAGAUCAACCAUUGACCAAAGCAGAUUUUCAGGGUUUUACCGUGGCUCUAACCUCGGCCCUAACUGCUUUGACUAAUCAGAUGAAAGUUUUAACCAAUCAGACGGAAGCUUUAACCAACAAGGUUAUCAAAGCCGGACAAAGAGAAAGGAGAGGAGAACGAAUUAGGGUUCUACAUGUUCAAGACAAUAGUGUCGAAUUUAGCAAUCACAUGAACAUGCUAAUCGAUAGAUUGAAGAUAGCCGGCAAAAGUCAGAAAAUAGACAAAGAAGGAGAUUCAAUUAGGGUUCCAAGAGAUGAAAACAAUUGUGUUGUUGUUAUUGAAAACCCUAGUUCUCUUGAAGAAGACUUUGUAGAGAAAGAGAUUGAUCAACAGAAUCUGCAUGAUAAUAAUGCUUUUCACACUAAGGCAGAUAUUUCAUUAUCCUAUGAAAUCCCAGAAGUGGAGAAGACAGAAGUUCCAGAAGGAGUGCUAGUGAUCUACAAAGAUUUUAAGAAACUGAUUGCAGAUGAACAAGGGAAGAAAAAGAUUGAUGUUGGCAAGCAGAAGGGAACCAAAGUUUUCAAAGAGGAUGAUGAUUUAAUUGUGUUCCUCCAUAACAAGAAGUUUCAAGUUGUUACAUACAAAGAGCACAACCUAGCAACUAUGGUCAGCCUUUUAAAGAGGAUGUGA